UCUAAAACACCUUCAAUGGCCAGACACCAAAGUCCACGCCGUUCUCCUCGGUUGGCUCACAUUGAAAUGCCUUCUUUUAACUUAUUCUCCUCACCACUUCCUCCUACUCCUCCUUCUGUUCCUCCUCUCCCUCCUCCUCCUCCUACUCAUACACAUUUUUAUCCCCGUUUGGUCAACAUUCCCCCUUCUUCUCCUGGCCCUUCUGUUAGGCAUGCUGCCAACACUCAACCUUCUCGCCGUUUUUCGCCUCGUCUCAAUAACGCUCCUGUUGUGCAUUCAGUGUCUCCCACAAUAGUCGAUGUCAUCGACUGUGACAUAAAAAUCUUUAAGAAAAGGGAAGGAAACCCAUCUUUUUUGUAUAGAUCCCCAUUCAUUAAUAGGCACGUGAAUGUCUUACGGGAUCUAACGCAAAAGGAAAGGUGUAUGGCAGACUGGGUAUUUGCUGAUUUAGAGAAAAGUGAGAAGCUGUUUAAAGAUAAAUACAUGUUCAUUACACGUGAAGAUUUAAACACCUUGUCAUCAGAAGACGGGAUUUCAGAAAAAGUGGUGGAUUUGUGGGCACAUCUAUUAAACGUCGGGGAGAAGAAAAGAGGUUCUAGCUCUAUUUCAAGAUAUUUUGUUCCCAUGCCACACAUGAUGUUGUUGUACCUUUCACUCAAUUCUUAUGGUGAAUUCUGCAAAUUAUUAGAACAAGAUCUCCCUUCUGCAAAUAUUGAUAUCACAAAAGUACAACUUACGUGUUUCACAAUUCAAGACCCUCGGUGUCCAUACAUGUUCUAUUUCAACUUUAAACGACAAACAAUUGACAUCAUCACAGUAACAAGUCUGAAUCCAGAGACUUUUAGUGAAGCAAAAACACUGGUAAAUCAAAAUCAUUUUUUCUUUGUUUUUUCCUUCGAUUUUUCUUAUAAAUGUCAUGUGUUUUUCUGUAUUUGGAAACAUUUCCAGGCUAAAGCUUUGUCAAAGCAUUUCAAAGGGAAGAAGAAUAAUAAGGCUAGUAAAGUAACAUCUUUCAAGGUUCAAGAAUUUGUUUUGGAAUGGGAAAAACCAAAAGAAUGGUGUGAUGUUGGACUUUAUUUGAUGAGGUAUAUGGAAACAUAUAAAGGAGAUAUGAAGGCAUGGGAUCCACAAUUGAAACUUCAAACUGAUGCAUUUCUGAAGAAAUUGAGAGUUAAAUAUUGUCAUUCAAUCUUGACCAGUGAAGUCAAUUCUUUGAAGGAAACAAUUGAAAAGAAGUGGAGAGAAUUCCAAAAACUAAAAAUCUAAUGUCCAUGCAGUCAAAACUCAGAAGAAAUGGAAUGCACCUCCCAUGUGUGGGGAGCUUCAGAUUUUGGUCUGAAUGUGAAGAUUGCUGUUGGUGUAUUGUUUAAGGAUUUCUGAUUGGAUUUGUAACUUUUUGAAGCUCUUCUGGAUAGCUGAUGGUGCGAGCUCAUGGUUUCAUUGCUUUACAGGUUGAAGCCUUAGGUAUUCUAUGUGCGUGGUUUGCAAGCAGCAUGCAGAGAUGAUGUUUGAAGCAUUAAAAUCUACACUGACUUUGCUAAUGUUAUUGCAGUCAGGAAGAAAUAACCUUUUUCUGCAAUGUUUUAUUAGUAAGAUUUGCUAGGUUGUUUGUUCUUGAAGCGCGUCUCUUAGCCACUAAGCUAGACAGAGCAAGGGAUACUGAUUGUAUCUUCCUGUUUGUAAUUAAUGAGACAAUGCCUUAAACUAGGAAGAUUAGGUAGCAUCUUAAUAUUCUAGCCUUUGUUUAAUGAUAUUUGAACGUUGCUAUGUGCCCGUUAAUAGUCUGCUUCAAAAUUGAGUGUAAACCAGACUUUGAUGUCUUA